AUGCGCAGACCCGGUUCACAGAAUCCCCGGCGUGCAGACGGGCCCCCCUCCCGCCCGCAGGGUGAUCCCAUGCGGGUCCCCGUGGUCCCCAUUGUCCCCGAGGUGCCCGUGGGCCCCUCGCCCGCCCCCCGCGCAGGAAGCGGCCCCGGGGCCGGCGGCUCCGGCUGCGUCACGGGGGGAACAUGCACUGGGGACAGUGGGGACCAGCGGGGAGAGCCGAGGACACAAUCGGGAUGCGCCGGGGGCCACCGGGGACACGCGGGGGGCUCCGACCGGGCCACCCUGCGCCGCUUCCCCGGGGGCGCUCCCCAACCCCCCCACGGCACGUCCCGGUGCCCGGAGGCCACGGCCCCCCCCCCACCGGUGCCCCGAGGAGCGACCGGAAGCCCCCCGGGCCCCCCGCCCGCCCCCCGCCGCGGCUCGAGCGGACUCACCGGGGGCUACGGCGGGGUCGGGGCGGCAUGGCCGGGGCUGGGACCGGGGCUGGGACCGGGACCGGGGCGGGACCGGGGCCGGGGCGGGACCGGCGGCGGCGGUGACGUCAUGGCUCCACCGGGCCGGCCCCGCCCUGCGCCCCCGCCGCCGCCAAUCCGCGCCCGGGGGCGGCGGGGGGGUCCCGGUGCCGCCGCCGCAUCCGCGCCCCCUCCCGCCACCCCCGGGGCUGCUCGAGACGGGCCCGGUGCCCCCCUUCCCCCCGCCGGGAUUCGGUACCGAGCGACCAGACUGGGACCAGCCGCGUCCCACGGACACCCCCCCCGCGUGUCCCCCCCACCGCUGCAGCCGCCGAGCUCCGGGGUCGUGGGUGAAGGGCCUGAAAUAAGGGAGUGA